AUGCUUUCAUUUUACAAGUACAUCUCACAGUUUCAGAAGCUAUGCAGACCUGGAAUCAGAAGAGCUGUUUCAGUUAUGAUCUUGAUAGCACUCAUCGUGUUGGGACUCCAGAAUUCCUCACAGUCUCGUGGGAACAGUGUGUUAGAUGAACUUGAGAAGACGAACCCGUCAAGUCCUGUUUCCUUGGAAUCUGAGAAGACCGGAGAGAUCGUGCUAUCAGUUGAUAGGAAAAACUCCACAAGCCCAAUUCACCAGGUAGAGAACAGGGUGGCCUCAAUAGUUGCAGUGACGCCCCGGAAUCCUGCACCAGCAGAGAAGGCUAAAGCGAAGCGAAAAAAGAGAAUGCCGGCGAAAACAAUACAAGAGAUGAAUCAGAUGCUGUUGAGCAGCGGCCUUUCCUCUCUUUCAGUGGUAUGCUUUUGCAGAAGAUUUAGCCUGGUUCAGAAUGAAGCUUUAUGGUCUUCGUUUUCUUUCUUAAUCUGCAGGAGUUGACCCAGGGGCCCUCUGCAAGUGAUCUGCAAAUUUUAGAAGCGAAGGCACAGAUUAUGAAUGCUCCCGUUGUGGAGAAUGAUCUGGAUCUCUAUUCCCCUGUUUUCCGAAAUAUUUCGAUGUUCAAAAGGUAAAGGUAUCGUCCCAAUCCUCAGAAUGUCAUCACUCACGUUUUUGAUUGUUUGAAGAUCUUAGCUUGAUGUUUUCUCCAGAGCAGUUAGUCUAUUUUCGUCUGUCUUUGGACUGUUCACUUAGACAGUGAAUUUAUGAUCAGAGAGAGAGAGAGAGAGAGAGAGAGAGAGAGAGAGAGAGAGAGAGGAGCAUAACAGCCAUUGAUCUUUGAACUUGCAAGAAAUGGAUUGUUUCAAAGAUCUCAGAAAGUGAAUUUGUGAUCACAGAGAGAGAGAGAGAGAGCGCGGAGAAUAACAGCCAUUGAUCUUUGAGCACUUGCAAGAAAUGGAUUGUUCACUAACUGUUCUAGCAUAUUAUACAUAAAUGUAUAAAUAUAGAAUUUUUGUAAUCAUAAGUAGUAAUCUGAUGGCGUAAGUGAUGUGCAAAUAGCUGGCCAUGUACUCUGGUGAAGCAGGAAAUUCAGAUUUUAAUCCUCCUGAUUGUUCAGGAGCUAUGAACUGAUGGAGAAGACGCUCAAGGUGUACAUCUACAAGGAGGGGAAGAAGCCCAUCUUCCACAGCGCCCAACUCACUGGGAUUUACUCCUCGGAGGGAUGGUUCAUGAAGCACCUGGCGGCGAGCCGGCGCUUCCUCGUCGAUGAUCCCUCCAUGGCCCACCUCUUCUACAUGCCCUUCAGCUCCAGCAUCCUCCGCUUCGAAUUCUACAUUCCGGGCGAUCACAACCACGACAGAGUGAUCGCCUAUCUGAAGAACUACGUCGCCACCAUCGCCGCCAAGCAUCCCUUCUGGAACCGGACCGGCGGCGCCGACCACUUCUUCGUCGCCUGCCACGACUGGGUAAGCCUCCUCGUCUUCAUCUUCAUCGUCUUAAUCGAUCCACCGGUGGCGCCGGCCGCUGACUUGCAGGAGAGCACUUCCGGCAGGUGCCGGACGUGACGGCGCAGACGAUGGCGAACGCCAUCGGCGCCAUCUGCAACGCCGACCUGGCGGCGGACUUCGUGAUGGGCAAGGACGUGUCCCUUCCGGAGACCAAUGUGCGGAGCAUCGAGAACCCUGUGCGGGGCAUCGGCGGGAGGACGGCGAAGAGGAGGCCCAUACUCGCCUUCUUCGCCGGGAGGAUGCACGGGUACGUGCGGCCAUUGCUGCUGCAGCACUGGGAGAACAAGGACCCAGACAUGAAGGUCUUCGGCCCCUUGCCCAAGGGCGGCGGAGGAAAGAAGAUGACCUCCUACGCUGAGUACAUGAGGAGCAGCAGGUACUGCAUCUGCCCUAGGGGCAACGAUGUGAACAGCCCCAGAGUGGCGGAGGCCAUCUUCUACGAGUGCGUUCCGGUGAUCAUCUCCAACAACUUCGUGCCCCCUCUGUUCGAGGUGCUCAAUUGGGAGGCCUUCUCCGUCGUGGUGGCGGAGGAGGAUAUCCCCCGGCUGAAGGAGAUCCUCCUCUCCAUCCCAGAGAAGAAGUACCUGGCCCUUCAGACCGGGGUGAAGAAGGUCCAGCGGCACUUUCUCUGGCACCUCAAGCCGGAGAGGUACGACCUCUUCCACAUGAUCCUCCACUCUCUGUGGCUCAACAGGGUCCUCAGGCGACGGUAG